AUGUCAGUUGUUUGUAUCAUAACUACAGGAUUGCUUUAUUGCAAGAUAUACGCAGCCGUUAGACACCACACCAGGGCGUAAGAAGCUAGGGCGUUGAAACGAGCGGGGUCGAGCGAUCUAGCUGUGAUGCAAGGGUUUGGGUACUACCAAAGAGACAAAACAAGAUGGCGGACAUUAUACUGGAUCGUCAGAGUAGAGAGAUUAUCUAGCGAACGUUAGCCAUUAUCCCGUGGCAUUCAUCUACUGCGCGCAAUAGCGAAGGAACAAAUUAUUUUUUUCUCACGUUCGUGUUCUGUUUUUUUCAAUUUUUCCCCCGCGAACAAAUAUCUGUAUUGAAUAUAGUCCCACCUCCGUGACCCGUAUUACUGAAAAUUUCGUGACUUGGUAAGAAAAUGGCAUCACAACUCAGAUAAUAGCACUGACAUCAUUUUUAGACUAAUAUUAUCGGUUCUCUACUUCAGUUUAAUAUCAAGUUGUGUAAUUCAUCAUCUGCUAUGGCAUUAAUUUUUUGCUGCCCAGUUUCAAGGCCAGAUGAUCUGUUUUCACUAUUAAAGUUUGGGUUUGUUGGUGCACAUCAGUAUUCUUCUCUAAAAACCUUAUUGAGCUAUCUCCAAUAUUGAACAUUACGGUUGGACAGAUUGUGAAACUAACGUCCGGGUAAAUUUAAGAUAUAAUAAAAUCAUUUUUAAUCAUUUUUUAUCUUGUACACUAUAAUACUGCUUUGCAAUGACGAAUAAGUAUGUGAAAAAAAUAUAAUGCACUGCCCUUGAAAAACUAACAAAGAGGUUGCAAGAACACAAAUAAGUAGCCCAGCAAAUAUUUUUGUUUGAUAAUGACAGCUUUUCGUAAUGAAAUGGUCACUGAAAACUACCCAUGCAAGACAUACUAAGGAACUUAAAAGAAACUAAACAUUCACAAGUCUUACAUUGAAACCAGACAUUGCUAUAUAUAUAUCUUACAGAAACAACAUAAAACAUUUAUAUAACAUACAAAUUCAAAAGUAUAUUGUAAAACAAGAAAAUUAUACAGAAUUAUGCACAAAUGAAAUACAAAUGGCCUGUAACAGCUAUUAAACCAUUGAAAAACAAACUUUUUAGUGUGACCAGCAACCCUAGCACACUUGAAUACUGCAUGUCCAUUAUGAUUUAAUUUCAUUCUUGGUUAAUUUAUUAACUGCAGCCAGGCUUAAUCAAACUUGAUUCAAAAAAUACUUUCCUGUUUCCUUGUCUACAAUAUAUAAUAUUAAGAGGGAGAAUAUAAUGCUAGAAAUAUUAUACAGUAGUACAAUCAAAAGAUAAGGCACCUCCAGGUAAUCGAGUUGGUCCCUACUAUUCUUCAAUCAUUUUCUUUUACUCUCUAUAAGAGUUACACCUGUCCAUUAAUACAGACAUUUUGUGCCAGUCCCAAUAGUUUCCAUCUGAGAACUGACUGUAGUUUGUGUAACACCACACUUAAGCCUCUGACGACAAAAAUACAAUGUUACACAGCAGUCUUAAUUUAUUCUACUUGCAAUCAAAUUAAGACCUCUUCAUGUUCUUCUUCAUAUUCACGGUAUUAUGAACUCGUUUAUCUUUCAGUGUGUGUUCUGACUAGUAGUCUUUUCAGGCAGGCACUCACUGUUGUCCUGCAGAAAAUCAUUACAAUGACAAAUAAACACAUUAUAUGAUUUAAUUUUAUAGUCGAAUCUUUGUGGGGAUUUAAAAGCAAAUUUCUCCAUAGGCUUCAUUCUGUUUCUGUGCAAUACAACCUUUAGAUUUAUACCGCAGUGAAGCAGAAUUUGUUGUUGUUCAUGCACAGACUGUCACACGAGAUCGAAUGCACCUUUAGAUUUAUACCGCAGAAGCAGAAUUUGUUGUUGUUCAUGCACAGACUGUCAUACGAGAUCGAAUGCAAUUUUCUAGUAGAACUUUAAAAAUAGUCAGAACCUUCUUGGAUCGCGGUUCUGUAACUAAAAAAAAUUAUUUACCAUCUUAGUGUAUAUUAAAAAAAAAGAAAAAUCGCUAAAUUGGGCAACUGAAAUCUUUUAUUUUACUAACAAGCUAAACGCCGACUUACAAAACAAAAACCUUGUCAUCGCCAUUAUGAAGUCGUCACUUCAGAAGUAAAAAACCUUAAAGGUUCAUAAAAGUUCACUCUAAAAAUUUGCAUGCACAAAUAAAAUUUAUAAAACGAUUACAUGUUUUUUUGUAGCCGUUUAUUAUCAUUUGGUUUUGACUGGCAGGAUAAAACGCGACCUUCAACCUGUAAUAUUCGAUGGGCCAUUUUGACACUACAUAAACAUAAAAAGCGAGAAAACACCUUAACUUACAAGACUUACUGUAAAAUAUCAACUAAAUACUUUCUGUAUAUCACAUAGAAAUACGCCAAAUAUCAAAUCUAAUUAUAGAUUGCAGCGAUCUAAAGAUAUAAAGCAAUAAAUCCGAACCUACUCCCAGCUAGACGGCGUCAUUUUUCUUGCCCUGACAGCGGAUCGAGAGCGGAAAGCCCAACCAGUUCCAGUCCUACUCCGCAUCAUAGCUGAACCAGAGAGCGCGUAUGAUCGUUUCAACGCCCUAGCUUCUUACGCCCUGCACCACACAAACCAGAUUCGCGCUCUGCAAGUACCUGAACAAGUAGCUCAGAAUGGAGACAUGGCAAAUGCCGCAAGGCUGAGAAAAACUGCCGUUGCUACAUUUUACAUGUAUAUCUUAUUUUUA